AUGGCAUAUGUCGACACCCUCCUCAGGGACGUAGCAAUCCUCGGUCCGCUCAACGACCAAACCCGCAAGAUUCUCACCAAGGAAGCCACCGCGUUCCUCGCCCUGCUGCACCGAACGUUCAAUCCCACCAGGAAAGCCCUUCUUCAGCGACGCAGCGACCGCCAGGCAGAGCUUGACCGAGGAAGCCUUCUAGAUUUCCUCCCAGAGACCAAGCACAUCCGUGACAACGAUGCAUGGAAGGGAGCCCCCCCGGCCCCGGGUCUUGUUGACCGCCGUGUGGAAAUCACAGGCCCCACGGACCGGAAAAUGGUGGUUAAUGCGCUGAAUAGUGAUGUAUAUACAUACAUGGCUGAUUUCGAGGAUUCAAGUGCUCCCACUUGGGAUAACAUGGUCAAUGGCCAGGUGAACCUCUACGACGCCAUCCGCAGACAGGUUGAUUUCAAGCAAGGCGGAAAGGAUUACAAGCUCCGUACCGACCGGAAACUCCCCACCCUAAUUGCUCGCGCUCGGGGCUGGCACCUUGAUGAGAAGCAUCUGACCGUCGACGGCGAGCCCAUGUCCGGCAGCUUGUUUGAUUUCGGCCUCUACUUCUUCCACAACGCAAAAGAGUUGGUCAAACGGGGUGCUGGCCCUUACUUCUAUCUCCCCAAGAUGGAAUCCCACCUUGAAGCCCGUUUGUGGAAUGAUGUGUUCAACUUGGCUCAGGAUUAUAUCGGAAUGCCCCGAGGAACUAUUCGGGCCACUGUCUUGAUUGAGACUAUCUCUGCUGCUUUCGAGAUGGAUGAGAUCAUCUAUGAACUGCGAGACCACAGCUCGGGCUUGAACUGCGGCAGAUGGGAUUACAUCUUCUCCUUCAUCAAGAAAUUCCGCCAAAACCCCUCCUUCGUCCUCCCCGACCGCUCUGACGUCACCAUGACAGUUCCCUUCAUGGAUGCCUAUGUCAAACUCCUCAUCAAGACCUGCCACCGACGUGGUGUCCACGCAAUGGGUGGCAUGGCCGCUCAAAUCCCCAUCAAAGAUGACCCCAAGGCCAACGAGGCCGCCAUGGCCAGCGUCCGUGCUGACAAGCUCCGGGAGGUGCGUGCCGGUCACGACGGAACCUGGGUUGCCCACCCCGCCCUGGCCAAGAUUGCUACCGAUGUCUUCGAUCAGUACAUGCCCACCCCCAACCAGCUCUUCGUUCGCAGGGAGGACGUGCACAUCACUGCCAACGACCUCCUGAACACCAACGUCCCCGGCAAGAUCACCGAAGACGGCAUCAGGAAGAACCUGAACAUCGGCCUUUCGUAUAUGGAGGGUUGGCUGCGUGGUGUCGGAUGCAUCCCCAUCAACUAUCUCAUGGAAGAUGCCGCCACCGCCGAAGUAAGCCGCAGCCAGCUGUGGCAAUGGGUUAAGCACAACGUCACGACUGCUGAAGGCAAACGCGUCGACAAGGCCUAUGCCCUGAAGCUUCUGCAGGAGCAGACCGACGAGCUUGCCUCCAAGGCGCCCAAGGGCAACAGAUAUCAGCUUGCCGCUCGCUACUUUGCCGGCCAGGUUGCUGGUGAAGAUUAUGCUGAUUUCUUGACAUCGUGA